AUACUCUGUUGACAAAGAUCCAGCCAAUUGGCUUGAAAUUAACCCUACCAAUGGCACUAUCGUCACCACGAAUAUCCUUGACCGCGAAUCUUCGUACGUCACAAACAAUGUAUACACGGCGUCUUUUCUGGCAAUUGACAACGGUAGCCCUCCGGCCACAGGUACGGGGACGCUGCAGAUCACCUUGGAGGAUGUGAAUGACAAUGCCCCCUCCAUUUAUCCCAUGGUGGCGAUGGUCUGUGAGGAUCAGAAGGACGUGAAGGUCAUCCUCGGAGCCUUGGACAAGGAUCUUCGCCCCAACACGGAGCCCUUCAAAUUUGAGCUGAGCAAACAGUCUGGCCAAGAGAAAGUAUGGAAGAUCAACAGAAUUAACAAUACACACGCCCAGGUCAUCUUGCCUCAAAACUUGAAGAAGUCCCACUACAACAUCCCCAUCUCUGUGACGGAUUCGGGGACGCCUCCUCUCACUAACAAUAUAGAACUGAAAAUGCAGGUCUGUUCCUGCACAAAAUACAGCAAACCGGACUGCAGCUCAUCCUCCACCCUUCACAUCAGCAUGGUCCUAAUCUUCGUUUCGCUCUUCAGUUUAUACUGUCUGUAAGAACUCCUGACCUCCGAAGCUGGUCUAUCAAGUUGCCCUGGCGACAAGCAAAGGAAUCACAUCCCAAUCCGAAGAUCACCUUUUACACUUUCAGCUCCUCACUCCUAAGCCUCAGUCGCUCCGGAUUGGAUGCUCUGCGACCACACUCCACCAGCCCCAGCUGCACGACUGUCCUUGACGAACCUUUGGCUUCCCUCCGGUUUACCGACGGAGUCCUCCUUUCGUGACGGAAGGCCGACGCGACCGGCGGCCGACAGUUUCGAAGAUCGCGACAUCGAGACUGGAUCUUUUGGGAGCAGAGUUACAGAACGACUCAAUCCCCCCCCCCUUUUCUCUGUUGACUUGUUGCUAUUCAAAUGUUUUAAACAAAAUUGUCUGUGGGUUAGUAUUUGUAUAUGUAUGAGUGUAUGUAUAUGUAUAUAUAUUUAUAUAGAGAGAAGAGAUAUACAAUAGGAUUAGCUUUUGUAUGGCACUAGGUUUGUGGUCAAGGAGUGGGGCAGGGUAGCACAGAGGCGUGGCGACAGAUACCUGGUUAACAGCUAAACCCGUUGUGUAGGCUGCGUAUGCAACGGUUUAACCAAAAGAGGAGCGCGUACCAGGAUAGCACCGUGAGAAAAAGCCACCUUUGUGGCAUGCGUUUUUCUCUGGCGAGUUUUCUAACCCUUGGUAUAAAUCGGUCAUCAGGCGGUUGUUUUGUUUUGCUUUCCUCUCCCCCACCCCACCCCUCCCUUUCCUGUUUAAGAACUAUUUUCUUUGAAAGGCCUGUGGAUGGUCAACAAAAGGAACACUUGCCCUGUCGCGGGGGGGGGG